AUGGCGUCGUCCGUCACCAGAACCGCAUGUCUCCUCGUGCUCACACUGUUCGUCGUGUCCGCGGCGGUGAUCUUGCCCACCUCCCUGUGCCAUGGAGCCCGUGGCGUCGCAGGGUUACGUAUCGGUUUGGACCCUAACCAUCCUGCGUGCAUCGGGGCAUGCUCAGUUCCUGGGGGCUCCUACACUCACCUUCCCCCCUAUCGCGGUGGCGGCCCUGUGAAACCGCUUCCCCCACCGAACGGAGGGAACCCGUGACGCCGC